AAGGUGAGGACUUUAGCUGCUAGGCUACCACACUGGGCCCCAUUUUUAAAAAAAAAUUAUUUAUUUGAUGGCAGACUUAGUGGUGAGAGGGAGUGGCAGGGGAGACAGAGAGCUUCCAUCUGCUGCUUCACUUCCCAAAUGGUCUCAAUGCCUGGAGCAAGGCCAGGUUGAAGACAGGAGCUUCUAGAUCACACACGUGGGUACAAGGGACCAAGAACCUGAGCCACCUUCUACUGCUUUCACAGUCACAUUAGUGAUUUCUGUAUCCAAAGCAGAGCAACCAGGACUCAAACCAGUGCUCUUGGGGGAUGCCAGCACCAGAGGCAGAAGCUUUACUUGCCAUGCCAUAGCACUGGUCCUUGUAUGUAUGAAAUUUUUAUGUGUGAUGUCUGGAGAAAAUCAGUUGAUAUUGAGAACACCCUGUUUAUAAUAAAAUACUUGAAUGCUGCCACAAAUAUUUUUAUAAAAUGGCCCUUCCUUUGUUAGUACGAAGAGCUUAAGCUACACAGAUGCUUCAAGGCAGAAAUGUGUAAGCUUAAGUGCAAAUAUAUUAAUUUUUUAAAACUUUAUUUUUUAUUUUUCAUGGUAUGGUUCCGUAGGCAUGGGGAGUCUCCCCUGCACUUCCCCCAAUUGCCCCACUGCUGUCCCGUGUUAUUGCAGUAAUGUAGUCCUUCAGCAACUGUCACAAGUCUAACAUUCUGCUGUGUAAGUGUAUCAAGGCAUUGCAGGUAUAGACAAAGGUAGAAAAUCUAGUAUGGUCUUGGUAUAUUUAACGGUUUCACUGGGAAUCCUCCUUUCAUUCGAGAGUAAAGAUGCAUACUGCAGCAUGGUUUCACUUCUCAGUAUGCUGGUCUCCAUUAUAUAGUUCAUUUAUGAAAAUGUAUGUACAUACAUACCUACCUAUAUAUCCUGUAGUUUGCAUGUGUAUUUUUUUCUUGCAUACUGGCAGCUUUCAUUGGUGGGAAUCAAAUACCUAGCAUUUGGUGGUGAGAAAUCCAACAUCUGCAGUAGUAAUGCACAGCAAGGGAAAAUCCUAGGAUAAUAUAUUAAAAUCUAGACAAAGAAUAAAAUCCUAGAGAAUAAAUAAUCCAAUGCCUUUGUUUAAUCCAGUCUGAAGCUUUCUUGGGUAGAAACUUGACCCAAAUUUAGCAGUUGUUGAUUAGUCAGGACUUUUCUGUUUGGAUUCCAGUAACACUUUGAAUAAGAAGCUAGCUUUAGGACUCCUUUGGUUGCAAACACAGGUUUCCUGACUUCAGCAAGUAGAUACAAAGUGCAGGAUGUCAUCAGGGCUGUGUUGCUCCCUAGCCCUCAUCCCCGUUGGCUCUGCUGCCUUCUGCCCAGCUUCACUCUGUAGAGACAAGCUGCCACUUCCGGAGAAAGAGGAGUCUGAGCCUCAGCAACACCUUGCCUGCUUCUCAGCCCCGCUGCAAGGGUGCUGGUUUAUGGGCUGGCUGUGGGAGAGAAGCUGGGGAAGAAUUCCAGCCAGCUGGGUUAGGUGUGGUGGGCACUGUGACCCUUAAUCGUGCUGGGAAGUCUUCUUGGCUUGCUCAAGAAGGAUUGACUGGGUAUUUCCCCCGCCAGACUGCAAGGAGGAGGGUUCGUGGGGCGAGAGAAUGACUCUGAUGAAGAAAUGGACAGAAAAAAGGGAAGCAGGUCCUCAUUGCACAUACACAAGUCAUGACAUUUUCAAAAGCACACGUGGUGCUCUGUCUUGCUGCUGAGAUAGGUGGAUGGAUUGCCGUUUUGUUAAUGCAUGAAAUGUUUAGAGUUAACUUUCUCCGUGGACUGUUCUCUCUUACAGAGGGCAGAGGAUUAUAGUUAGGACAAUUCUAGUAAUUUUAUCUUGUUGAAAGAUAAAGACUAUGGGGCAGGAAGCACGGAAAUCCUAAAUUCUAACUAGAUGAGUGAAACGGUUUAUAAUACCCCGAUUGGCCUAAGCCCAUAGGCACUAUCUAUUGCUCAGUCAGGUGCUUGGAAAUCGUUCAGUUUCAUCCUGGCUUGGACCAUUCAAGAAUUAAGACUCUACCAGAAUGUUUUAGGAUACUUCUAGAGCACUUGGGAACUGGAACCUGGAUUUAAAGAAGGAUCUGCUAAAGAAGCGUUUGCUUCGGAGCGGAGAGCCCCUCCCGAGGAUGUGGAGCUGCCGGAUGAGCUGGAGGAGCUGGGUCACCUGCGGGCAGAACCCCAGUAUAUCGAAGAUGAAGUAGAUGAACCGAUUCAGUCUGUUCUUCAUGAAAUGGUACACACAGAGCAUGGAGAAGACCUGCCACCAGAAGAGGCGGGACCAUCAGAAGAACCCCUACCAGAUGAUGACAGUUUCCUGGUAGCCAGUGACCAAGAGGAUCGAUUUGAGACCCCAGAACAUGAAAUGGUUUCUGAAGAUUCCAGGGAACAAAAGGAAGAUCCUGAAGGACAGCACUAUGAUCAAGAUGAUGUCGUAUACCAAGACUAUGAUGACCAAGUAUAUGAACAUUCAGAUCAUGAAAGGAUAGGAAUUUCAGAUGAUGUUAUGGAAGACCCAAACGUGUUUGCAGAAGAUGUUUAUGCUCCACCUGCAGAAGAACAGCAGGAAGUGCCACCAGAAAAAAGCACAAAAGCAGAUGAUCCACCACAAAAAGAAACAGCUAAGAAAAAGAAGCCUAAACUUUUAAAUAAAUUUGAUAAAACUAUUAAAGCUGAAAUCAACGCUGCAGAAAAACUCCGUAAAAGGGGAAAAAUUGAGGAAGCAAUAAAAGCAUUUGAAGAACUAGUACGCAAAUAUCCCCAGAGUCCACGGGCCAGAUAUGGGAAAGCACAGUGUGAAGAUGAUUUGGCUGAGAAAAGGAGGAGCAAUGAGAUACUUCGUGGAGCCAUCGAAACCUAUCAAGAAGUGGCCAACCUGCCCGAGGUCCCCACAGACCUUCUGAAACUGACUUUGAAGCGGCGUUCAGAGAGACAGCAGUUUCUUGGUCACAUGAGAGGUUCCCUGCUCACCCUCCAGAGGUUGGUUCAGCUAUUUCCCAAUGACACUUCUUUGAAGAAUGACCUUGGAGUGGGCUACCUCUUAAUAGGAGACAAUGACAAUGCCAAGAAGGUUUAUGAAGAGGUUCUGACUGUGACACCUAAUGACGGCUUUGCCAAAGUGCAUUACGGCUUUAUCCUGAAGACACAGAACAAGAUUGCUGAGAGCAUUCCCUAUUUAAAGGAAGGAAUAGAGUCUGGAGAUCCAGGCACCGAUGAUGGGCGAUUUUAUUUCCACCUGGGGGAUGCCAUGCAGCGGGUUGGGAACAAAGAGGCAUAUAAGUGGUACGAGCUUGGGUACAAGAGAGGACACUUUGCAUCUGUGUGGCAGCGCUCACUCUAUAAUGUGAAUGGACUAAAAGCUCAGCCCUGGUGGACCCCAAAAGAAACAGGCUACACAGAGUUAGUAAAGACAUUGGAAAGAAACUGGAAGUUGAUCCGUGAUGAGGGCCUUACAGUGAUGGACAAAGCCCAAGGUCUCUUCCUGCCUGAGGAUGAAAACCUGAGAGAGAAGGGCGACUGGAGCCAGUUCACACUGUGGCAGCAAGGAAGAAAAAAUGAGAAUGCUUGCAAAGGAGCUCCUAAAACCUGCACUUUACUAGAGAAGUUUCCGGAGACCACAGGGUGCAGAAGAGGACAGAUCAAAUAUUCCAUCAUGCAUCCUGGAACUCACGUGUGGCCACACACAGGGCCCACGAACUGCAGACUCCGAAUGCACCUGGGCUUGGUGGUUCCCAAAGAAGGCUGCAAGAUCCGGUGUGCCAACGAGACCAGGACGUGGGAAGAAGGCAAGGUGUUCAUCUUCGAUGAUUCCUUUGAGCACGAGGUGUGGCAGGACGCCUCGUCUUUCCGGCUGAUUUUCAUCGUGGAUGUGUGGCACCCAGAGCUCACCCCACAUCAGAGACGCAGCCUUCCUGCAAUUUAGCAGCAAUUCAUCCAGCUUGGGACUCUCUACAGAGAAGCUGUCUUGUUUGGCUUCGUCUCUUUGGGUGUGAGGAAUGAGAUUUGAACACUAAGGUUCUUCAUCCCCUGAGAAAUUCUGUGCCUCCUCCUAAGUUUUGAAGUCACGAAAGAGGAUUUGUCUCAUUGUCAUUCAUUUAGGGAACACGCUGCUGUAUCAUCUCCUGACAGCACUGAUCGUAUGCCUGUACUAAGAUGAACACUUGACAGCGUCUGCAUUGCCAGCCAAAGAUAUUUUUUCCAUGUAGAAUAACAGGUCAAAAUCUGCAUAUUAUGAGAAUAUGUGUAUAAACUGUGAAUAUAUGGCUUUAGUUCAUAAUUUUUCUAUGCAACUGUAUUUUUCUAGGAUUGCUAAACUGUUUUGUCUUCACACACCACUACAUUUUGUUGAUUGCAAUGACAAACUGUGUAAAUACUUUAGCUGCUUCAUGAUAACGUCUCCCGGUGAACUCCAAUUUCCCUCUUUCAAUUCUUUUAGUAAAAGGCGCUCAUGAAUUAGGCAAUGUUAUUUUCCUAAUACAAAAGAGAACACAAUUACAUCAAUGCCCACGAACUAUCCUGAUCCCUACCUAUUAUCCACAUUGAGUCUUGUAAUUUUACCUCAUUGUGUUAAUGGUAGAAAUAUUAUCAAAAUCAUUGUUCUAAGGGGAAUUUUUGCAUUGGGAUAGAAUAUGAGAUCAUUUUUAAAGAGACAUAUCAAAAUACUAAGUAGAAGUUUUAUAACACCAAGUAUGAGGCCUUGUUUGUAAGGAUAAACAUUUGGAGAAGUAUGUUCAUUGAGGACUUGGCAGAUAGGUACUGCUAGAGGAUCCUGACUUUUUUGCUGUCUGUGAGGAGAGGCCGGGAACCCAGAGCGUCUACCUACUAUCCAGCUCUGAGAGACAGUUCAACCCCCAAAAUUUUGUAAAAAUAUUAAGGAUAGAACGGAAGGUCGCUUUGGAUGCUGCAAUAUCUAUGCUAAGUAUAAGGGGUGGAGACUGCUCUUCUCUUUGAACAUGCUUAGAAGACUCUUCCCCCUGGCUUAAGGAGCUUUUGGUUUGCCUUUGGAACACCACUUUGAAAGUGCAGUGACCUAGAAAUCAGAGUUGAAAAUGGACUCAACCUAUUCAUUUCCCCAAUAACCAAGUCAUUGAUUCACUAUAAUACCAAAAUUUUGAUUUUGUGUUUUUAAAAUGCAGGCUAACCAGAAAUGCUUGUUAUAAGAAUGUGAUGAUGUUCAGGCACUGAAUCCUAAGCCAUGAUGAACAAAAAUACUGCCAAAAUGGCAUAUAGGUCACUUGAUUUUGUUCACAGGUAGAAAAAUACACCUGUGCUUUCUUUUCUUUACAAGGAGACUUUACGAAGGAGAUUUUACGAAGGAGACUUCCCUGAUCUCAUUCAAAGAAGAUUUCAUGGGCUUGCAUUGUGGCAUCGUGCAUUAAGCCAUCACCUGUGAUACCAGCAUCCUAUGUCGACAUUGGUUCAUCCCAGCUGUUCCACUUCUGAUCUAACUCCCUGUUAAUGUGCUUGGGAAAGCAGUGAAUGAUGACCCAAGUGAGCACCUGUAUGGGAGUCCUGCAUGAAGCUCUUAAUUCUUGUCUAAGGCCUGGUCCAGCCCUGGCUGAUGUGGCCAUUUGGGAUUCAAUCUACAGAUGGAAGAUCUCUCUCUCUUUCUUUUCUCUGUCUCUCUCUCCCUCCCCCACCCCUAUAAUUCUGCCUUUCAAAUAAGUAAAUACAUCUUUUAAAAAAAGAAAUCCCUUCUGUGCCAGUGUUGUGAUGUAACAAGAAUGGCACCUAUAGCACUGGCAUUCCCUAUGGGUACCAGUCCAUGUCCCAUCUGCUCCACUUCUCAUGCAACUCAUUUAAUGGCCUGAGAAAGUUAGCUGGGACGGUUCCAUUGUUUGGAUCCAUGCCAUCCAUGUUCAAGACCCAGAUGAACCUGCAGGCUUCAGCGUGGUCAACCCAGGGCACUGCAACCAUCUCCGGAGUUAAGCAGAGAUGGAAGAUCUCUAUGUCUCUCAUGCUAUCAAAAACUCUGAGUUUCAAAUGAGUAAAUCUUUUAAGGAAAAAAUUCCUUAAUACUGAACUCUUGACCUUACAGAUAGUGGCUUCCAGUAGAAGAGUAUGCAAAAUAUUUAUCCUGUUCUUUCUGUUUUGCCAGUGUACAAAAAUCCCACAAAAAUAGAUGCAGAAGCACGGCAGAAAAACUGUCAAAUACCAAAAUGCAGAAGAGAAAAGAAAACUCAUGAAAAAUAAUACAUUAUUUGUGUCCAUCAGUAUUUAUUGAACAGAGGAAAUGACUGACAAAGGGCAGCACGAUCUGGUGCUCAUGGAGUGACAUUUGCGUCACUGUUGAUUUUGGUUCUCAUCAGUAUAGUGCAUACACAUAAAAGAGAUACAAACUGUAAUCCAUCAUUGCUGAACCAUCACCUUACAUUCAUUUAAUGAAAUUAUGGGAUAGAGGAAAACUAGCUCUUAACUAAGCAAAUAUAUGGUAUUUAAAAUCAGGUCACUACAGUAAGGUUCUAAAUAUUGUCAGUGGAAACGCCACAGAUAUUAUUACUGUUGCAAAGGGUUGGCAAUAAUUGAUUCCAAUAAGAUUUUAAGUACUUGGAUUCCACACCUGUUUUGUAAACCAAAGUGCAAGAUGGGUUUUCUAAUUCACCUUAAUUCUUUGUUUCUUACCUUUGUCUUAUGAGGCAAGUGUUUCAGUCACUGCGUUGGUGGAAUUAUUUCAGUAUUACUGUUUUGUGGCUUGAAAUGUCUAUACAAAAUGAAUUGAUUUUAUUGAUACUAUAAUGCAAGUGCUUGAGAAAUAUUUUGCAUUGUGUUUCAAUAUUAUUUCUUGAAUUGUGGAAUGUAAAAAUGAAUUCUGUUGUUAUUCUUUACCAGUAGGAAGAAAUGAAACAUCAGAAAGAAAUGCAACAUAAGGUUAAACUUAUUAUCUAUUGCAGGUAAUUGUGGCCAAUUACACCACAUUUUUUCUUUUGAAUUUUUCAGUUCACAAAUUAGUACUCCCAAAUACUUAAAACAGGAAGUCAAAUUUUACUGUGCGUUAUCAACCAAUUUGUUUUUUUUGUUUGUUUUUACAGUGAUCGCCAAUUGAUCAUAAUAAGAAAUGCUCAUGUCAGGUAGAUGUCUGGGCAAACAAGCAAUUUGCAUUGGUCUUGAAAACAUUGGAACAAGCAAGGUAUUAUAUCCUAUUACAUCUGUUUAUUUUAUAUCUGAUUUACUUGGAAUGGGUAGUUGGGAACUCCUUUUCUACGGAGUAGAUAAAGAAAUAAAAGAUCUUUGGCAUUUUA